CACCCACUUUACAUUUCCCCAAAUCCAAGUUGAAGGUGAAAUUCCUCUUUCAUCCCAGUAGCUGUCUCGGUUGCCGCUUGUCGCUUAUCGUACACAGUGUCUAGUGAAAUACAUAAAAACUAUGUCGGUGUUUUGUGAGGUACCUCAAGCAGCCCCUGUAGCUGUCUUCAAGCUAACGCAGGAUUUCACUAACGACCAAUUCCCCAACAAGGUGAACCUCGGAGUGGGAGCCUACCGGACAGAUGAAGGUCAGCCAUGGGUUUUGCCAGUGGUGAAAAAGGUGGAAAAGAUCAUUGUGCAUGAUGACAGGCUAAACCAUGAGUACCUGCCCAUCCUGGGCCUGCCCGAUUUCAGAUCUGCAGCCUCCAAGAUUGCUCUUGGAGACGAUAGUCCUGCCGUCCAAGAGAACAGGGUGGGAGCUGUCCAGUGUCUGGGAGGUACAGGUGCUUUGAAGAUGGGGGCAGAGUUUCUCAGGCGUUUCUACAAUGGAAACAACAACACUAAAACACCUGUCUAUGUGUCCGCGCCUACCUGGGAAAAUCACAAUGCUGUAUUCGCCAAUGCUGGCUUUGAGGAUGUCCGUCCAUACAAGUACUGGGAUGCUGAGAAGAGGGGCCUUGAUUUGGCUGGUUUCCUUGGCGACUUAGAGAGUUGUCCAGAGCACUCCGUCUUUGUCCUGCAUGCCUGUGCCCAUAAUCCAACUGGCACAGACCCCACACAGGAGCAAUGGCAGCAAAUCGCUGAAGUUAUGAUGAGGAGGAAGUUGUUUGUCUUCUUCGACUCAGCUUAUCAGGGAUUCGCCUCAGGCAGUCUGGAGAAAGAUGCCUGGGCGGUCCGCUACUUUGUCUCCAUGGGCUUUGAAAUGUUCUGCGCUCAGUCAUUCUCCAAGAACUUUGGUCUCUACAAUGAGCGCGUGGGCAACCUGACCAUUGUGGCUCAUGAUGCAGACAACCUGAAGCGAGUUCUGUCACAAAUGGAGAAGAUUGUCAGGACCACCUGGUCCAACCCACCGUCUCAGGGAGCUCGCAUUGUUGCUAUCACUCUUAACUCACCUGAGCUCUUUAUGGAAUGGAAGGACAAUGUGAAGACCAUGGCUGACAGAGUGUUGUUGAUGAGGGCUCAGCUGAAAGCUAAGCUCCAAGCUCUGGGGACACCAGGGACGUGGGACCACAUCACAGAGCAGAUUGGCAUGUUCAGCUUCACAGGCCUCAACCCAAAACAAGUAGAAUAUAUGGUUCAGGAGAAACACAUCUACUUGAUGGCCAGUGGUCGCAUCAACAUGUGUGGUUUGACCACCAAGAACAUCGACUAUGUGGCUGAGUCCAUCCACGAGGCUGUCACCAAGGUCCAGUAGAAGACUACACUAACCAUAGUUCUCAGCACUUCCUCUUGCCCGGCCCUGAGCCGCCUUGAUCCCAGGGACAGUGAGUGUAAACUCUCAUUCGCACAAGUAUACAGAAAGCUCAUUGGCCCUGUUUCCCCCUCCUUUUCAGUGUUUAUGCUAAGCUAGGCUAAACACAUCCUGGACCUAUUUCUCUACUGAACACACAGAGAUGGUUUAGAUAUUCAUUUUCUCAUCUAACUCCAAGUAAGACUGUGUUUUUCAAAAUAUGGUAAUUAUUCCUUUAGGUAAUUGUGUUCUUAAUUUGUCCUACACUUUGCUAUGUGUUGGUCACCUACUUAUACUAUUUUUUUUUCCACAUGUUGUGUACUAUUAGUGUAUGUGUCAUUACCAGGACUUUAGAGAAGGUUAGUACAUCUGUGACUGUGCUACAAUUACCUCAGUGGUGCUGACUCCUACCUGCUAAAAAUGUUUAAUGUCACACUGUUAUGAUUCAACCAUUCCAAGUGUUAAUAACACAUUUCCAAUCCAGUAAUUAGCAUGUAUAAUUAACUGUUGUUAAGAACAGCUAUUAGCUAUUAACAUGACCAAAUUCACUCAGUGUAGCUUCAAUCAGAGAAAGAACUUAUAAUAAAUGUCAUAAGUAUUUACCACCUCUAUCAUGAAUGAAGUAGCUGCUUACAUUUAUUGCUGGAUGAGCAAGAGAUGAGUGUUCUCAGGAAGAUACUUUUAACUUGAAGUAUGUAAUUUAUUAAUGAUACUGUCUUUUGCCCAAAGGGGUUAUACUAAUUACCUCACUUUUAGUCUGUAUUUAUGGAGGUUUUUCCAGUUUGUAUUCCGCGAGCACAAAUGGCACUUAGCUGUCCUAACAGGCGUCCUGACUCCAGAGUAAUGUCAGUUUUUUUUUGCUGCCAGCUGAAUGUUUUGAUGUUUCUGGUUUAGUCAGGCACCUGUCAGUGAAAGUUUGUGCAGCGAUUGUCUGCACUAUUAUGUAAGGCCAUCAUUUCAGUGGCACAACCACACUAAUGAUCAACCAGUUUGCUAUUGUAUCUCUAUGCACAGUACACCAAUAAAGUAGUCAUACUGUUUAGCAAAUUAAUUUAAGAUGAACAUGUGAAACAGACUGUGAAACAACAUGAAUUAACUACUCUAAUA